CAUGGCACUGCAACGAUGGGGAACAAACAGACCAUCUUUACAACCCAGCAACUGGACGCAUAUCAGGACUGCACUUAUUUCACCAGAAAAGAAAUUCUGAGACUGUUUCAUCGAUACCGUGAUUUAGCUCCACAGCUCGUGCCGCUGGACUACACCAACCAACCGGAGGUGCGUCUGCCGUACGAGCUGAUUGGCAGCAUGCCAGAGCUGAAGGAUAACCCAUUCAGGCAGAGGAUUGCUGAGGUCUUCUCAGAGGAUGGAGAAGGAAACAUGACUUUGGAUGACUUUCUGGACAUGUUUUCAGUGCUCAGUGAAAUGGCCCCACGGGACCUGAAGGCGUAUUACGCUUUUAAGAUCUACGAUUUCAACAACGACGACUUCAUCUGUAAAUCAGAUCUGGAGAAAACCUUAAAUAAACUGACCCGCAACGAGCUGACGGAGGAUGAGGUGAGGAUGGUGUGUGAGAAGGUGAUUGAUGAAGCUGAUCUGGACAAUGAUGGUCGAUUAUCUCUAGAGGAUUUCCAGCACAUGAUUGUGAGAGCGCCAGAUUUCCUCAGCACCUUUCACAUCAGGAUAUGAAGAUCAUCUGGAAACUGACCAACAGGACAUUUACUUAAAAAAGACGACGUAAGAUCUUUCUCUGCAGAUUCAGAAGUCAGGGACAGAUGGUGUCACGCACAUUAAAGUUUACAAUAAAGAAGACACCUGUACUAAUAUAAGAAGAAUAUUAAUGUUCAAAAUAUACACUUCAAUAAUAUACAAAUUCUUAUCUUGAAUAUAAAAAAACAAGCCAAUAAUGUGCCUGAAAAGCUUAUAAUACAGCUUCUGAUACUACAGCAAAUCAACACCUGAAAAUAAUUCAUCCGUCAAUAUUAAACACACACAGAGACCCAUCCCUUAAAAGAAUCUUGUUUUAAUAAAUCAAAAGUACAGAUAUCUACAAAAACCGUAGAUCCGUUUUUCAAUGUUUUAGAAAGUACAGUACAAUUUAAGUAGAUCUCUUUUUAGAGUUAUUUACAAUUGUUUCUUUUCUUUUUUUACCAAAAUGUAAUUUACCAAUCUCCCCAGUUACCUCACAAUCAACAAAUGAAAACAUGGUCAUAUAAAAGAAUCUGUAAAUGAUAUGGAUGACAGUCGUUUCAAACCAAGAAGUACAAGAAAGACAAACUAAACAGCGAAAACGGAGAUUGACAGACAUACGCAUCACUGCUCAAUAAACUGCAAAGCGUUUAAGACAGAAAGCGGUACCUGUUUGCUAAUGUUCUUUUCCACUUGGUUUGUCUGCAAAUCAAAUAAACAUGUUUUGCCAGCUGUU